GGGUGCUGGGCGGAGCCAGGCUAACUGCUACGCAGGCCAGAGGACUGCUAACUAAGGGUUGCUCAGUGCUUUUGCAGGGAAGAGCAAGACUGAGAUGGAGCAGGGGAAGGGUCUGGCCAGCCUCACACUGGCUAUCAUUCUUCUUCAAGGUACUAUGGUCGAGUUGAAACAAGGAGAAUAUUUGCUAAAAGUGGAUGACAGUCGAGAAGAUGGCUCAGUACUUUUGACUUGUAACUUGGCAGAUAAACAUGUCAAAUGGUUUAAAGAUGACAAGGAAAUAAACACCUUAAAUACAUCUAAAACAUGGAAUCUGGGAAGUGCUACCAAGGACCCUCAAGGGACGUACUGGUGCCAAGGACAAAACAGCACUUCAGAACAUCUCCUAGUGUAUUUUAGAAUGUGUCAGAACUGCAUUGAACUAAACGCAGCCACAGUAACCGGCUUUAUCUUUGCUGAAAUCAUCAGCAUUUUCUUCCUCGCUCUUGGGGUUUACUUCAUUGCUGGGCAGGAUGGAGUUCAUCAGUCACGAGCUUCAGACAAGCAGACUCUGUUGCCCAAUGAUCAGCUCUACCAGCCCCUCAAGGAUCGAGAAGAUGACCAAUACAGCCACCUUCAAGGAAACCAACUCAGGAAGAACUGAGAUCAGGACUCAGACCUUUCUAUUGGCUGUAACGGAGUCCCUGGGCGGUGCAGAUGGUUAAUGAACUGAGCUGCUAACCAAAAGGUUGGAGAUUCAAGUCCACCCAGAGGACCUCAAAAGAAAGGCCUGGAGAUCCACUUGCAAAAAUUCAGCCGUUGAAAACCUUAUGGGACACAGUUCUACUCUGACACAAACGGGGUCCUCGCCAGUUAGAGUCAACUCGACAGCAGCUGGUUUGGUUUUGCUUUUGCUUUUCUUUUAGUGGAUGAAAAAUGGUAUCUCAUUAUAGUUUUAAUUUGCUUUUUUUUUUUUUAAUGACUAAUGAUGUUGAAAAUCUCUUCAAGUGCUUAUUUGCCACUCAGAUAUCUUCUUUGGCGAGAUGUCUAUUCAAAUCUUUUGUGCAUUUUUUUUAAUUGGGUUGUUUGUCUUCUUACUACUGAGUUGCAGAAGUUCUUUACAUUUUCUGAAUACAAGUCCUUUAUCAGAUACAUAAUUUGCAAAUAUUUUCCCCCAAUCUGUGACUUGUCUUUCAUUUUCUUAAUAAUGUCUUAUGAAGUGCAAAAGUUCUGAAUUUUGUUAAGUCCAUUCGAUCAAUAUCUUAUUUUUUUGGAUUGUGCUUUUGAUAUCAUCUCUAAGAAAUAUUUGCUGAACUCAGUUCACAUAGAUUUUCUCCCAUGUCUUCUCCAUGUCUUCUUCUCUAUCUCUAGCAAUAAAUGUCAUUUUGAACAUGAUUAAGACCAUUUUGUAACAGAAAUACAAAUAAAUGAAAUUACUGGGCCAUAAUGUAUUUGCACUUGUAAUUUUACUAAA